UGCUUAGUCACGGUGAGGCUGCGCUCGUCCGGGGCCCGCGCCCCCGCCUUCCCCGGGGACCCGCCCCGGGCCUCUCCGGCUCCGUGCACUUCCGCCUGCAUGGCCCUGCUGCCGCGGGCGCUGGGCGCGAGCGCGGGCACGAGCUGGCUGCGAGCGGCGCGCGCCUUCCGCGGCUUCCCGCUGGUGCAGCCCCGGGCCGCCCUCGCACUCGCCCUCGCCCGCGCCAUGGCCUGCAGGCAGGAGCCGCAGCCGCAGGGCCCGCCGCCCGCCGCCGGCGCCGUGGCCUCCUACGACUACCUGGUGAUCGGGGGCGGCUCGGGCGGGCUGGCCAGCGCGCGCCGGGCGGCAGAGCUGGGCGCCAGGGCCGCCGUGGUGGAGAGCCACAAGCUGGGCGGCACUUGCGUGAAUGUUGGAUGUGUACCCAAAAAGGUUAUGUGGAACACAGCUGUCCACUCUGAAUUCAUUCACGAUCAUGUUGACUAUGGUUUUCAAAGUUGCGAGAGUAAAUUUAAUUGGCGUGUUAUAAAGGAAAAGCGAGAUGCCUAUGUGAGCCGUCUGAACACGGUCUAUCAAAAUAAUCUAACCAAGUCCCAUAUAGAAAUCAUCCGUGGCCAUGCGGCGUUCACGUCUGAUCCCAAGCCCACGGUAGAGGUCAGUGGGAAGAAAUACACUGCUCCACACAUCCUGAUUGCCACAGGUGGCAUGCCCUCACGUCCUCAGGAGAGCGAGAUCCCUGGUGCCAGCCUAGGAAUAACCAGUGAUGGAUUCUUUGAAUUGGAAGAAUUGCCUCGCCGCAGUGUCAUUGUUGGUGCGGGUUACAUUGCUGUGGAGAUAGCUGGGAUCCUUUCAGCUCUGGGUUCUAAGACAUCGCUAAUGAUACGGCAUGAUAAGGUACUUAGAAAUUUUGAUUCAAUGAUCAGUUCAAACUGCACUGAAGAGCUGGAGAAUGCUGGCAUAGAGGUCCUGAAGUACUCACAGGUCAAAGAAGUUAAAAAGACUUCCUCAGGCCUGGAUGUCUGCAUGAUUACUUCAGUUCCCGGUAGGAAACCCACCUUGACCACGAUUCCAGAUGUUGACUGCCUGCUCUGGGCCAUUGGGCGGGACCCAAAUUCCAGGGACCUGAAUUUAAACGCACUGGGGAUCCAAACUGAUGACAAAGGUCAUAUCCUAGUAGAUGAGUUCCAGAAUACCAGUGUCAAAGGUGUCUACGCAGUGGGGGACGUGUGUGGAAAAGCUCUUCUCACUCCAGUUGCAAUAGCUGCUGGCCGAAAGCUUGCCCAUAGACUUUUUGAAUGCAAAGAAGAUUCGAAAUUAGACUAUGACAACAUCCCCACGGUGGUCUUCAGCCACCCCCCUAUUGGGACAGUGGGCCUCACAGAAGAUGAGGCCAUUUAUAAAUAUGGAAAGGAAAAUGUGAAGACCUAUUCGACCUCCUUUACCCCAAUGUAUCAUGCAGUUACCAAAAGGAAAACAAAAUGUGUGAUGAAAAUGGUUUGUGCCAACAAAGAGGAAAAGGUGGUUGGGAUCCAUAUGCAAGGAAUUGGGUGUGAUGAAAUGCUGCAGGGUUUUGCUGUGGCAGUGAAAAUGGGAGCCACAAAAGCCGACUUUGAUAAUACGGUUGCUAUUCACCCUACCUCUGCAGAAGAACUGGUCACACUUCGUUGAGAACCCAGAGGCAGCUGGACCAGUAGACCUUCUGAUAUGAACCAAAUAAUCACGUUUACUUACGUUCUCGUUUUAUGUAUUUUAUUGUAAUCAGAAUCUUCUGAUGGUGGAAAUGUUCAGUAAAUAAUAGAACUUAUUUAUAUAAUCGGAAA